ACAAAUGCGUUGCCAAACGUGACAUUUCGGAACCAUGAAUUAUACAAUUAUUUUAUUUUUAGUUUUAUUUCAUGUCACUUACAUAACAAAUUUCGUGAGUUAUAACUGGGAUAACGAUUCUAACAAUACCCAUUUCAUUGAUCUUUCCGAUCAAUGUAUCAAUAACACGGAGGAAAACAUUUUUCUACCGCUAGGAGUUGGUGCCGCUGAUGGUGUAUCAAUAUUGGUGUCACAGACGGCUAUCGACGUCCUUCCCAAUUGCAGUAUACUUUUCAACAUAGCAAGAGAUCAUCCAUCUCACUUGCAGAUCAUUGUCAUAGAAUACAUAGACAGCCAUUAUACCUUCAAGGAGGUGAUCCAGGCUUGCUUGGGCAAGAACCUAAUGGGCUACCUAUCAAUAAAAGAAGUAGAGCCAGAUGGUGAACAGUUCUACAUCUGCAGCAAAUUCCAACCUGGAAAGUACGGCAUACCAGUGUUUGUACACACUGGCUUCGCUAAGAUCAUCCAGCUUGAUAUCAGUCCAUCUGAAGUAUUUCACAGCAUGAAGAUCACCUUCACAUCUGGUAGAGCAUUGGGCAGACACGAAUACUGCAAUUUAACUUAUGAAAUACAGUGCACUAUCGGCAGAGAAACGAUAUGCAUCAACAAGGCUCUAUCUUGCGAUAGGAACAUAAAUUGUGGAGUAUUUGACGAAAACGAUGAAGACUACAAGAUAUGUAGGGUAUCUAGAUUCGCAUAUCUUUGGAUCGUUGUACUGGCAGGUCUAGUGACACUUCUGUUGGUGUUCAUUAUAUUCGUGUAUCUCCUGAAAACGUACAUCGCGGAAAUUACUGAUAAUUUCUUUAUUUUCAAUGAAGACGAAGAUAACAAACUUGUGAUUAGGAGUCAAUUGAAUUCUCAUCAAUGGCAGAACAUCAAGAGAACUAUAAGAGAUCCGCCUUGCUUUUGUCAGGAGACGUCUGAUACAAAUGCCACUGUUAAUAGUGAUUAAGUGGAUGUGCAUAGUUAUUUAUAUAGUUAGUUCUAUCAAUACAAAAUUCAAGUAA